AGGGAAGCAGCAUAGUUAUAACCUUAUUUUUAUGGUUGUUUGAUCUCAUUAGUGGCAGUCAUGCCAUUGCCCACUCCACAUCCUGUUUUAUCAACUGCAAACAUGAACGCUGUCGACGAGAAGAGUGACCAGGUCCAUGGGCAAUUCACUGAAAUGUGCUAUGAUCUCAACAUGGAUAAGAUGACAGCAAGAGAAGCCUGGAACAGCUAUUGCCAAGUGAAGCAAAACUACACUCUAGAGGGUAACAAGCUGCACUGGCUGGCAUGCUCGCUAUACGUCUCGUGCCGGAAGGGUUCCGUGCCCUCCGUCGGUGGUCACCAGGCGGCGCCCAUGCAGGGAAACUUCAUCAGCCUCACUCGGCUGCUGCGCUUCUCAAAGUUCAGUUUACUCGAGUUUUUCGACAAGUCCAAGAAGUGGGCCGAGAUGUGCAAUCUGCCGCAGCCGUUCCACCGCAACCUGGACGCCCUGGAGCGGAACUUUGCCGUCUCGACGUUUUUAUUUAACAACUACUUUGAGCCCAUGUUUAAGAGCAUCUACACGGACCCCGCCGACGACCCUCCGAGGCCGCCAAAGUCCAGAAAACAGAGACGGAGCGCGUGCACGGCCAGCGACCUGUUCCAGUUCACCUGGUCGCUGUUUGUGCUGGUCAAGUCGACCAUCCCGUCUGUGUCGUCCGACCUGGUCAGCACGUACCACUUGCUGCUGGCCUGCGUCGACUACAUGUUCGGUGUGACGGUGGCGGCCGACCGGCGGGAUCUGCUCAACCGGCAGUCCCCCGCGCUGCCGGCCAAUUUCAACUCUCGCGACUACGAGCCGCCGGCGGUGGUGCCCUCCAUUCUGGAGUACCUGUGCAACCAGUUCGACGGCCUCAUCGUGGAGGCCAAGGCGAUCCGGCAGCACGUCUGGAAGGACAAGAUCGCACAGCUCUUCUCCAGCAAUGCGCUGUGGGGCGACGCCAGCACCCUGCACGGCAUCCUCUCCCUGGAGACGUUCGAUGCCAACUGGAAGAGCGUCAACAAGCGCUACGAGGAGUACCUGCUGACCUGCGGCAACUUCGACGAGCGGACGUUCUUAGGCGAGCAGGCCUGUCAGGAGAUUGGCACGCCGAGCAAAGCCAACAACUACAGCGUCACUGCUGGAGAUCUGGCGGAGCGGAUGCACGUGCGGCGCAGCCUGAUGCUGUCGCAGGGCGCCCAGAGCCAGUCGGUGCUGAUGCCGGCCACUCCUCUGACGGGCCGGAGCUACCUGCGGCCCGUGGACGCAGCGCCGUCCCACCCGGCCGCCACGCCCAUCACCGCGUCCAUGUACAGCGUCAGCCGGCUGCAGGCGCUGCUGGACGGCCGGGGGCCGCAGCCGAGCGCCCAGCUGGCCGCCCUGCUCAGCGGAUGCACGCCGGACCCAACCGAGACGAUCGCCACUCUGGUGUCCGAGUUCCGGAGCGAGUUCGCCGCCGCCUGCGCGCGCACCAUGGCCGAGGAUGAGGCUGUCGAGCUGGUGGAGCGACGCUUCAGCAUGGCCGCCACCUUCUACUACAAGAUGCUGGAGAACGUGGUCACCUCCGAGCGACAGAAGAAGCCCGACGUCAACCUUCUGGUGCUGCUGGAACAGACGGUGUUCCACCGGUGUCUCCUCGCCUGCAGUCUGGAGAUUGUCCUCUUCAGCUACAGCACGGCCACCCUAGAGUUCCCUUGGCUCAUCGAGGCGCUCGGCAUCGAGCCGUAUGAUUUCUACAAGUUACUGGAGAUCAUCAUACGGGAGGAGCAGGGCCUCUGCCGGGACGUGGUCAAACACCUCAACAAGGUGGAGGAGCUGGUACUCGACUCGAUGGCGUGGCGGCGCUGCUCGCGACUCUGGGCGGUCAUCGACGCGGCGUCCGGCAACAUCCCCAGCAGCGAGACGGUGGCGCCCCACCUACAGGAGGCGACGGAGCGUACACCGACCGUGGGCGGCGGGCCGGCCAGCGUUCUCAUGUCGCCGAUCCCGGCCGUCAGGCGGGUAUUCGUCACCUACAGCCGACCGUCGCCGAGAAACCCGCAGCAGUCGCCGCUAUCGAGCGCCACCGACCGGUUCAUGUCCCCGGUGACACCUUCCACGGCCCGGCGGCGACUGUUCGUCGGCCCGCGCGCCGCCGGCGGACAGCACCGAGUCAUCGCGGAGGGUUCGGCCGGCCGGGGACAGGGCACCGGGAUGCCGCUCCGCACCUACUCCCUGUUCGUGGGCUCACGAGGCGGCGAGGGCCGCUACGCCGCGCCCGUCACGGACGGUGAGCGCACGGUGCGGCCGGUCGGCGCUCCGGCAGCGGGCUCUCCUGCCCCGGCCGUCGUCAAGACGCCCUCUGCGCGGACGGACGCCGCCGCACCGGCCGCGGCCGAUAGUCAGCCGGCAGUCAAAACCGACGGCGCAGGAGACGGAGUCCAAAACCGACCGCUGAAGACGGAGGCGGGCGGUGGGUCAGGGAUCUUCUCCGAGGUCGCGGGCUCAGGGAUAUUCUCUGAUGUCGCUGACGCCGGCCCGGCGACCUCUGAGACUGAGACCGCAGUCGGCGCGGCGCCGGAGCCGGCGGCGGCCCAGACGCCGCCCCAGAAGCCGCUGGUGACUGUCUCCACGGCCACCCCGACGGCCGCCCCCUCCGCCACCCCCUCGGCAGCCACCCCCGGCGGCGACGGCAGCACUCCGCCAGUCAAACCGCACAAACAAAACUCGCUCGGACUCUUCUUCAGAAAGUUCUACUACCUGGCGGCGGUGCGGAUGCGGGACCUGUGCGAGCGGCUGAAGCUGCUGGAUGACGUGCGAGAGACCAUCUGGACGGUGUUCGAGUACGUGAUCGUGCACCACGUGACGGUGAUGCAGGGCCGCCACCUGGAUCAGCUCAUCAUGUCCUCCAUCUUCAUCGUCUGCAAGGCGUUCGGCAUCAACAAGAAGUUCACGGACAUCAUGGGCAUGUACCGGUGCCAGCCGCAGGCCAAGUCACACGUCUAUCGCUCGGUGCUACUCGGGGUGGUCCAGAGGCCCGCUGACGGCGCACAUAAGGAGCAGAAAGAGAAGGAGGAUAAGGAGAAGGAGAAGGAGAAGGAGAAGGAGAAGGAUGGGCAGAAGGAAGAGAAAGAACAGCGAGAAACGCCCGCCGACAGCGCACCCAUCAAAGCACCCCCGGCCGGCGCGCCGUGCCCGCCAACGCCGUCCCGGAUGGCCGGCACGGCGACCAGCUACCAGUUCGAGGACCGGCACGAGGAGCGCGGAGACAUCAUCCAGUUCUACAACCAGGUGUUCGUCGAGAAGGUCAAGGCGUUCGUCAGCAAAUUCUCCAAGGGAGACGGUAAGCCGCCUCUCUCGCCGCUGCCGUCGCCACGGAACAGCCCCCUGCCGCGCAGUCGGCGCGUCUCCUCGGCGCACUCCAUCUACAUUAGUCCCCUGAAACAGUCGCCAAUGCGACUGGGAGAUCGUGCCGCCACCAUGCGCUCCUACAGCUUUAACCGGUCCCCGGCGCACGAGCUGCGCUCUAUAAACGCCAUGGUGAAGCCGUCGGCCGAGAAGCGCGCGCUGGCGGCCGGCGCCCGGCUCCGCUCGGCCCUCCAGCCCACGGAGGACGGGGAGCCGGAGCCCAAACGGUACAUGGCCCGGCUGCGCGGCGUACUGGACCAGCGGCAGGCCAACGCCACAGAGUGAGCCGGCCUCCGCUGGGUCAGCUGGGGGUCAUAAAGGUCAGCCCGCUGGAUAUAGGGCCUAGGGGUCAGCUCGCUGGUCAUAGGGGUCAGCCCGCCGGAUAUAGGGGUCAGCCCGCUGGAUAUAGAGGUCAGCCCGCUGGAUAUAGAGGUCAGCCCGCCGGUCAUAGACGGUCAGCUCGCCUAUUGGAGGAGUUAGCCUUUUGGUGGGAAGGGUCAACCCGCCGGUCACAGAUGGAUCAGCCCUUCGGUCGAGGUGGCUAGCCUGUCGGUUGCAGGGGUCGCCCACCGUUCAGAGAAGACAGCUGGCGGGUUCCAUGGGUCAGUGGUAGCGCUCCGUGUGUAGCUGCUGCCAUUGACAGUGGCUGGAAAUUGUCACCUAUCACUGGGUGCGACUCCGACGUCCGGAGAUACGUGUGUCUGGCGCGGUCCCCGGGCAAACCCUGUGAGUGUGUGAAUUUUAUAGACUUUUGCUAGACUCUGGCCGAUCAUCAUUGUUAUAGUGAGAAGAGCGGUCAGCGAUUGUAAGCCUCUCACUGCCCGCUCCUUUGUCGCCAUUGAGGCCAUGAAGGCCAUGAAGGCUGCGUCUGCAAGUCUGGCUGCCGGAACGGGAGCAGACGCCAGCCAACUGUGUGUUAAUAUGUGUUCAUUUGAUGACUUGCAGAGCUCUGCGAGACGGACUAGUAGUAAACCGAUACUCAGAGGCGUCGGUUGUAAUUUACUCCCCAUGUCGUUAUCAUCGGCUCUCAUUCACGACCUCACCGUUUUCGCCGUGGUAUGGUGUGUGUUUUUAGUGGUUUCCGGUGGUUUUACUCGUUGUGUGUGUCCGCUGUUGAUCAUGCUGUGGCUGACAGGCGGCGGUGGCGGCGGAUGGAUUGCGGCUCUCCUCCUCUCUAUCCUCCAGUCCCCCGGUGCGGAUAUCUCUCCCGCUCUCCUGUCUGAGGCUGACCGCCGGGGCAGUCGGGUCGACUCUGACUCCGAGCGGCACGGCGAAGCUGAGGGCCGCGCUCCGUACUUCUCCCCUCGCCCUGGGUCGCUCCUGACCGUCCGUGCUGGACGGAGACUGGGAGGUGUGUGGUUGCUGGUGCCGUCCGUUUUAUCCGUCGCUGCGGACCGCGGUUUGGGGUUUGGGCUGCCGCCGCCGCUGUCACUGCUGUGAUUUGUUGGGUUCGCGUGUCUCCAGAGGCCAAAUGGGGUUGACCGCCGCCUCACACAUCAAUCAUUAACCUCUAAUCUGAGCACAUUGACUGGCGAUCGGUUCGUACAAGGCGGUGUGUGGUCACGCUGGAGUUGAUUCUUAUCGGUGGAUGUAUUACAUUCGUCUUCCAUAAAACUUCCAUUCGCUGACAUUGAAGUAAUUUGAGUGUCAUAACCAUUACUGGAUUGUCACAUUUCCGUUGCUCACUUAAUGCAUAUGCCUAUUUGAUUUUUUUCUGGUAUAAUAUAAAUGAUUCUCCACACUGAA